CUUCCAACUCAGCUGCCCUUCCCGCGCCUCCUCCCCUCUUGGGUCUUGGGCCAUGCCCCGCUACGAGCUGGCUUUGAUCCUGAAAGCCAUGCAGCGGCCAGAGACAGCCGCUGCCUUGAAGCGGACCCUGGAAACCCUGCUAGCCCAGGGGGCCGUGGUGCGAGCCCUGGAGAACCUGGGGGAGCGGGUGCUGCCGUACAAGAUGUACGCCCACAACCAGAAGCACAGUCGUGGAGGAUAUUUCCUGGUGGAUUUUCACGCGCCGCCAACCCUGGUUGAAAGCAUCAUGGAGCACUUGUCUCGAGACACCGAUGUGAUCAGACCAAACAUCGUGAAACACCCGCUGACCCGGGAAGUGAAAGAGUGUGCGGGGAUUGUUCCUGUCCCACUUGAAGAGAAGCUGUAUUUCGUAAAGAAGAAGAAGAAGUGAGAAGACUCACCCAGAUUGUAGCCUUGUAUCUUAUUCUCUCGCUCUGGGGCAUCAUCCAAAAGAAUGUAUGAGCUUUACUUUUAUCUGAGUGGUGUUGAAGGUGUUGUCAGUGCUUGGACCCCUCUGCGCUAAGCCCUGGGCCAUGACUUGCUCAGAGAAACUCAUUGUGAUCUCUGGUGCCAUCCUUUCCUUGGCUUUAUUUUGUUAAUGUAGUUAUUCCAUUGCCAGUGAGGGUCUGGGGCCCUACAACAUUUCACACCAUCUUGGACGACAAGCUAUUCAGGAAAAAGACUAUUUUAACGUCACCAAAUUAAGCGAGAAAUAAUGUGACCAGGGUAAUAAAUAUAAUUCAAAAAGCUGGAAAAACAAAA